GCGCACUGCGGCGUGGGCGCCGGGAGCGGCGUGGACGCCGGUGCGAGCGGCCUCUCCGGCCGCCUCCCAGCUGCGCCCGCGUUCCGCCGCCCCGGGGUUUGCCCUCAGUAGCUUGUGAGGGUAGACGCGCCCGCAGUGCGGGACUGGGGUUUGGUGGUCGCGCGUCCCGCGGAGGGCCGUGAAGGUCCGCGCCGUCGUGCCCCACCGGCCGUGCGGUGGGCUGCAGAGCGGGCCCGUGCGUGGGCCGCGGCCGGCGGGCGAUCCUGGGGGUGGGGGCGGGGAGGCGCCCGGGCCGCCGGCUUCUCACCAGGAAGCGCCUGGUUUCGUCUCUGUCCUGAACGCGCGCCGGGACUGGGGUUAGUCCAGGAGUGUGACCGCGCGCUUAGGGGGCCUCUGUUACGCUCAGCCCUCCCUGGAAGGCUGUGGUUGGCUGGUCUUGCACCAGCGCUAGCUGACGCUGUACCUCCAGCAGGGUGAAUGGGCAGGAUGUGCAGUGGCCCUAAACUGGGCGGGAAACCGGAGACCGACAGGGAACACGUGAAUUAAGGACGAAUCAAUUAUUUUAUUGGGAUUCCACUCCUGGGCGACAGAGUGGGGGUGGAGAAGUCAUGCGUCAGAGAUUGGGAGGGCUCCUGGUAUAGAUUCAGGGUGUGGGGGUUAAAGGUUGAGGCGGGUCUGAUCCUCAUUGGUUGACCUUUAGGCACCCACAGGGACCUUGACAAGGACUUUUCUUCCCGGAAGUAUAGGCCUUCCCUCCUUACGGAUCCCAAAGCUACCAUCAGUGUGGGUAUUUGGGGAGUGAAUCAGUGGAUGAGGGCUCUGUCUCCUGCCUCUCAAAUAAAUAAAAAAUAACCUGUCAAGAAAUAACAGGACAAAAGGAAACGGUUUUAGGCUUCCAAGUGUUAGAAACUGGAGAAGCAGAUAUGAGAAGAAAUUACUGGCUUAAGGUUCACUUGAGCUUCCCUGGUGUCCUCCCUGAAGAGUCUGAGGUUGUGUCCAGUAGAAGCGAAUUUGUAUACUCUAUUGAGGCAGAAAAUGAGGAGGAGCGAGACAGCUUUUCCUCUGCUGCUGCUUAUUUGUCUUCAACUCAAUAAUUUUCAUAUCAAAGGAUAUUUUAAAAAAAGAUUUGUUUUACCUGAAAGAGUUAGAGAGAGGCAGAAGCAGAGAGAGAGAGAGGUCUUACAUCUGCUGGUUCACUCCCCAACUGGCGGCAGCGCCCAGAGCUGCGCUGAUGUGAAGCCAGGAGCCAGGACCUUCUUCCGGGUCUCCCAUGCGGGUGCAGGGGCCCAAGGAGUUGUGCCAUCUUCUACUGCUUUCCCAGGCCAUAACAGAGAACUGGGUUGGAAAUGGAGUCGCCUGGACUUGAUACCAGCACUGCAGGUGGCGGCUUUACCUGCUGUGCCACAGUGCCAACCCCCAAAGAAUAUUUUGAGGUACUAAUAGAGGAACCUGUUACCACAUGUCUUUCUCCCUCAGUGUAUGACAUUAUUUGUAAAGUUGGUUUUGAAGUCAAAGAACUUUGUGCUAUCAAUAGCGUUGUAUCUCAGAGUGGUGAAGUGUAUUGGAAGACAGUCACAGAGUGUUUGAGAUAUGCAGAGUCAGACCAAGACCUGGAUUACUGGGGAAGUGUGCGGCUGCUGGGCCCUGUAUGUGAAGCCGUCCAUCUACAUUUCUUAUCUCUGACUAAGGGACAGUUUGAAACUCGAUAUGCUCCGUCACUCCAGUGGACGGGUUUUUCAGAGUUAUUUCCUGAAAUAUUUGACUCCUUGAAAAGUCUACAAUCGCCUGCUAUUUCUCUUAGCUUAAUGAAACUGACAUCAUGUCUAGAACGAGCCUUGGGUGAUGUGUUUUUACUGAUUGGGAAAGAAUGUCCCUUUCUCUUAAGAGAUCUGCUUGCCUCUGAGGAGCUUGCCCAGGUCUUCGGUCAGUCUGUGGUGGAUGUGCUGAAAGUCUUCAUUGGCUCUCCACGGGGACUCAACCUGCGGAACAUCUUGUGGCAUGGGUUUGCAUCACCCCAAGAGGUUCCUCCAAAAUACUGUUCAAUGAUGAUGCUGUUGACAGUAGGAUUGGGACAGUUACUGAAGAGUUUCCUUCAACAAACCACAUUUACGUUGACACAUCGAUCCCUCAUAACUCUUAGGAACCUAGAGGAGUUGAUUGUUUUUCCUGAUGUUCCUUAUGAAGUACUUUCAGUGUUAGAAGAAAUCAUGAAAAAAUCCUCUUUUAUAUUAAAAGUCAUGUUGCCAUACUGGGAAGCUGCGUUGGUCAGGUUCAGGUCACACAGGUUUGCUGACUGUGCCAUACUGUUAUUGACACAACUGGAGACUGGACUUAGGAAAGUUUUUGCUACAGUUAACAAAUGUCCCAAAAGACUGCUGACUGCUGAGUCAACAGCUUUUUAUACCACCUUUGAUGAUAUGUUGGCAAAACACUUGAAUGAUGGCGAAAUCAAUCAGCUUCCUCUUUUCCUUGGAGAACCUGCUAUGGACUUUCUCUGGGAUUUCCUGAACCAUCAGGAGGGUCCCCGGAUAAGAGAUCACUUAAGCCAUGGGGAGAUCAACUUACCUGAAUUUCCAAAAGAAGUGACCAAUCAGUUGCUUGGAUUUUCUGUUGUCCUUUUACUGAGGUUUGUUGAUGAAGAGCUGUCAGCAGUUUAUAAGGAAAAAGCAUCAAUAAAGUCAUUGAUAAGUCUUGCAGAAGGCUAUAGUUCUCACUGCCAUCCGAUUUCCCAGCUUAAAAAGCAGGUGCUGAGCUGUGAGGAGAAGAUCAGGAUCUGGCCUCUGCUGCCUUUGCCCGAGGAGAACACUCGGGAAGCAGGCAGAUUAGAAGGUGAUGCUGAAGCAAGUGCCUGCAACUCUUUGAUUACGCAGAUUCUGGAAGAGCUGUACCGCCAUGCGCCCGAGCAUUGUGUGUGUGGGAACUCACAGUAUUCUGCCCCUGAGAAGUGGCACCGGCUGCUCGGUGAACUCUGCCGGAUGCGUGUUCCCACGCUGUUCUGCCCCAGGAAUGUCGUUGAGGUGCUGGUUGUGCUGCGAAGCAUCUGCUCCCAGUGCCAGCGCGUGUCUGGCCAGGUGAUUGCCUCUGCAGAGCUGAGGCACAGGCAGUGGCUGGAGAGGAGGCUGCGGUCCCGCCAGCGGCAGAACUACGUGCGCAUGGCGAGCAGUAUCAGGCUUCUGUCUCCUGUGCUUUACCUGAUGUUACUGCUCAUUGCGCUGGAAUUGGCUAACAUUCAUGUGGUUCUUGGAAAAGAUACUUCUGAAUAUCAGCACUACCUCAGGUUCUUAAAAUCCAUCCUGCAGUACACUGAGAACCUGGUGGUCUACACCAGCCAGGACAAGAACAAGUGGAAUGAAGCUGUCAGUCUUACACAUACAGCUUUGUUGAAGAUUUGGACUUUCAGUGAGUCGAAACAAAUGUUAAUACACCUAGCUAAGAACCCGCAAGUGAAGUAGUCUAGUGGAAGCAUGUGUAAGUAGGGUGCUGUUGGUUCUAACAGAGCCCCAGUGUGAGCGGCCAGCAGGAGUGCAGUGGGUUGCGGGGACGUGAUCGGCCCAGGCUGUCUUUCCCCACAGUUGUCGGAUUCGCCCUCCCUGGGCUGUCGAGCUCGGGCGGGCUGCUGUCUUGAUCACACGGCUGCAGCAACCUUGGCUGUGCGGCCCCGGAAGAUGCCACUCGGAGGACGGCAGAGCCACCCUUCACUCACUGGCUUCCCUGUGGCCAGCACCCAGACGUCCACCCUGGCCUGCCACGGGGCGAGAAGCAUGGACUUGGGCCAUGAGGGCCCAUCGCUGGAGCUGGGGAUGCAGUGGGUGCCGUGAGGCCUUGCGGGCAAGCCCUGGGGUGGGGCGGUUCCUGGAGGGUGAGGCCUGUGGGCUCAGGUGCCUCAGAGAAUCGUGGCUGCUCCUUAUCUGCCCUCGAACCUCCUUGGCACGUGGAGCCUGCAGCUGUCCAAGGGAGGAUGUGCUGGGACGUGCAUUCGGCUCUAGGGAGCCCCUCGGGGUGGUGGAUACCAUGUGACAACAGACAGUCGGGCACGUGCUGCCCACCCCUUUGUCAGCUCACACCUAACUGCCCCCCACCCCACCCCCUUAAACCAUACUUCCAGGUAAAAGUAAAAACAGUGUGCUCCCA